AUGCCGCGUAGUCCUUCUCCUAGUUCUACCCCUACAGAUCAGAUUGAGGACGUCUCAGAUCAUGAAGUUGUGGCCUCGUCUCCUGGAGAUUCUACCUGUUUUCUGGUUCAUUGGGUUGGAAGAUCUGCUACUGAGGAUACUUGGAUUACAAAAGCUGAAUUUCGCCAGUUGGAUUCCACUCUUCUGCACGGUUAUCAGAUGCUCUUCAUGACAUUGAUUUGGCUGCCUCCCGUCCUCCCAUCAUCCAUACUUACAAACAUCGUCGUCAUCCUUCAUCUUGGUAUACUCGCCGGUGUCGAGCAGACUUGA